UUAUUAGCUGAAGAAAUAGAAGACGGACAGCGUGGUGCGGUUACGCCCGGGAAGGGGGCGACAGAAUUUGACGUUCAGUCGGUGGAACGCUCAGGCGUUUGGUGAGGACACCUCGUUGGGUCCUUUCUCACUGCCGUCGGGUGCGGGACGGUGCCCCUAAUUGCUGAAGACUGAGGCUACCCGGUGAGGCUCUCCAGGUUGCUCUGUCCACCGAUUUAUGAUUUUCUGCCGUAUCUUUAAAAAAAUGGCAACUAAUGGUGCUGUUCUGAAGAGACUGGAACAGAAGGGUGCAGAAGCAGAUCAAAUUAUUGAAUAUUUAAAGCAGCAAGUUGCUCUUCUUAAGGAGAAAGCAAUUUUGCAGGCAACUUUGAGAGAAGAGAAGAAACUUCGAGUUGAAAAUGCUAAAUUAAAGAAAGAAAUUGAAGAAUUGAAACAAGAGCUAAUUCAGGCAGAAAUUCAAAACGGAGUGAAACAAAUACCAUUCCCAUCUGGUACUCCACUGCAAGCUAAUUCCACGGUUUCCGAAAAAGUGAUACAGUCUAUACCAAUAACAACUAUAUCUUCUGGUGCCAAAGAACAGAUAACAGGAGGAAGAGCAGAAGAAAAGAUGAAAGAGAAAAUUGAAAUGAAAGAGAAAAAGGAGAAAAAACAAUCAAUAGCAGGAAGUGCUGACUCUAAGCCAAUAGAUGUUUCUCGUCUGGAUCUUCGAGUUGGUUGUAUCAUUACUGCCAGAAAACAUCCUGAUGCAGAUUCUUUAUAUGUAGAAGAAAUAGAUGUUGGAGAAACAGCCCCAAGAACAGUUGUCAGUGGCCUGGUGAAUCAUGUUCCUCUUGAACAGAUGCAAAAUCGGAUGGUGAUUUUACUUUGUAACCUGAAACCUGCAAAGAUGAGGGGAGUAAUAUCUCAGGCAAUGGUAAUGUGUGCUAGUUCACCUGAGAAGGUUGAAAUCUUGGCACCUCCUACUGGGUCUGUUCCUGGAGACAGAAUUGUUUUUGAUGCUUUUCCUGGAGAGCCUGACAAGGAGCUAAAUCCUAAGAAGAAGAUUUGGGAGCAGAUCCAGCCAGAUCUCUGCACUAAUGAUGAGUGUGUGGCUACAUACAAAGGAGUUCCCUUUGAGAUAUUGUAGGAACAAUGAAAAUUAACUUAGGAAUUAUGAGCUUUCAAGUUCACCAGCCUUGAGAUGAUGACUGAUGAGGGCUACCAAAAAGAAAUGCAUCUCUGGAGGUAGGAGUAUAGAUAUUGUUUGAAAAAAAAAUCAUACAUACAAUAUCUAGCUGCUUAUAGUCUCUAAUCAGAAAGAGAGGCAAAAUAAAUUUAAAACAACCCUGCAUGCCAGCUUAUGAAAGGUAUAAUUAAAUUUCAUUUAUUUAAGUCCAUGGAGUUCUGGUAGGCCAGUUUUAUCUUCUUGCUGAAAAACCAAAUAUUAACAGAGCAUCAAUAGCAACAAUUGACAAGUAAACACAAAUGAAACUCAAAAGUUAUUUUGUACUCAGGAUAAGUUAUUCUUUUGGAAAUAAGACUGUGAUAGAAUCUUUCGUGAUUCUGUAUUUUCUAAUUUUUCCCAAUUAAAUUUCUUUAAAUAUUCUAAUAUAAAUUAAAGAAUGUUUCAACUCCUUAGAUAAUUGAAAUAUUUAUUCCCAGGUUUUAAAAUUACAUAAAACAUUAAUCAAGUCAUCAAUGUAGCCCCAUUAUUAGUCAUUGUUUUUACAGGAAAAAGAAUUCUAUUUUAUUUGUCUCACUGGGAUAAGAGAGCUCUUACGGAAUCAACAACAACAAAAAUGGCAUUGGUAGUGAACUGUACAUAAACCUUUUGGCUUCUGACUAGUAUUCAGCCCUUUAAGGAUUUCAACGGUAGAAGAUAGUGUUAGGUCACAGCCUAAACAGUUGGUGCCUUUCAGCCUCUAUUUAAACCAGAAAAAAAUAAAUCAAUGAAGUUGACCCAAUCACAUG